UCCUUUUGUAGUCAUGUCUGGUCGUGGGAAGGGCGGGAAGGGCCUGGGCAAGGGCGGCGCCAAGCGCCACCGCAAGGUGCUGCGCGACAACAUCCAGGGCAUCACCAAGCCCGCCAUCCGGCGGCUGGCCCGGCGCGGCGGCGUCAAGCGCAUCUCCGGCCUCAUCUACGAGGAGACCCGCGGGGUGCUCAAGGUGUUCCUGGAGAACGUGAUCCGCGACGCCGUCACCUACACGGAGCACGCCAAGCGCAAGACGGUCACGGCCAUGGACGUGGUCUACGCGCUCAAGCGCCAGGGCCGCACUCUCUACGUUCUGAGUUGUUACCUCGUCUUCGCCAUGGCUCGCACGAAGCAGACGGCGCGCAAGUCGACCGGCGGCAAGGCCCCGCGCAAGCAGCUGGCCACCAAGGCGGCCCGCAAGAGCGCGCCGGCCACGGGCGGCGUGAAGAAGCCGCACCGCUACCGGCCCGGCACGGUGGCCCUGCGCGAGAUCCGGCGCUACCAGAAGUCCACCGAGCUGCUGAUCCGCAAGCUGCCGUUCCAGCGGCUGGUGCGCGAGAUCGCGCAGGACUUCAAGACCGACCUGCGCUUCCAGAGCUCGGCCGUCAUGGCGCUGCAGGAGGCGUGCGAGGCCUACCUGGUGGGGCUCUUCGAGGACACCAACCUGGCCAUCGCUGUGUGGAACUCGCAGAGAGUUUGUUCCGACAUGUCUGGUCGCGGCAAGGGAGGGAAGGGCCUGGGCAAGGGCGGCGCCAAGCGCCACCGCAAGGUGCUGCGCGACAACAUCCAGGGCAUCACCAAGCCCGCCAUCCGGCGGCUGGCCCGGCGCGGCGGCGUCAAGCGCAUCUCCGGCCUCAUCUACGAGGAGACCCGCGGGGUGCUCAAGGUGUUCCUGGAGAACGUGAUCCGCGACGCCGUCACCUACACGGAGCACGCCAAGCGCAAGACGGUCACGGCCAUGGACGUGGUCUACGCGCUCAAGCGCCAGGGCCGCACCCUCUACGGCUUCGGGGGCUGAGCCUCCUGCUAAUCCUCCCAUCCAAAAAAG